UCCUCCCAAUAGAAUAUGGUUGCCUACAACUCUUGGACCCUUCUUCAAUUACCUAACAAGCUUCUCAAUUUUUCAUUCGUGAUCUUCUUUUUCUUCUUUAUUAUAUUAGUUCCUUAUGCAACCCCACUCAACUUCAGCUUCCCUACUAUCACACAAGACCUUAAGAAUGUCAAAAUAUUCAAUUAUGGAAGUGCUAAUAUCUCAGAACAAGGCAUCCAACUUACGGGCAGGGACGUGCUCAAAGCUGGUCGAGCCAUGUAUGGUGAAUAUCUGCACCUUUGGGACAAGGCUUCUGGAAACCUGGCCGACUUUGACACACAUUUCUCCUUUGUCAUUGAUUCAGAAGGAAGACAAGUUUACGGCGAUGGGCUUGUUUUCUUCCUCUUUCCCUUGUUUCCUAAUUUCAGUAUAAUCCUCAGCACAGAAGCUGGUGCUCUUGGUCUUCCAAUAGACCGCGCCACAGUAGGUCUUCCAGUCGACCCCUUCAUAACAAACGCAAAGACUCCAUUUGUUGCUGUGGAGUUCGACACUUACAAGAAUCACUGGGAUCCCUACAACAAGUCUGACAUUCAUGUAGGUAUCAAUGUUAACUCCCUGAGUUCUGUUAAAACUUUAAUUUGGUAUGGUAAUAUUACCCACGGGGGAGAAAAUGAAGCUCGGAUUAGUUAUAGUUCUGACUCAAAAAUUCUGAGUGUUAGCUUCACUAGUUAUUUUGAUCAUACCAUAGUUCAACAAGGUAACCUUAGUUAUAUUGUUGAGUUCCCAAAAGCCGGCUUGUCAGAAUGGGUUGCUGUUGGCUUCUCAGCCUCAACCGGAAAGGGCGACGUCGUCGAAAAACAUACCAUUAAAUCAUGGAGUUUCAGUUCAACCGACCCAGCGCCAAAGAAGCAAAACAAAACAGCACUAAUGGUGGGACUAAGUGUUGGCUCAUGUGUUUUGGUUGGUGGAUUGGGUUUGAUUGCCAUUUUCUUGUGGAAGAAAAGGAGUAGGGGAAAAGAAGAAGAUACGGCAUUUGUCUUUGAUCAAUCCAUGAAUGAUGAAUUCGAGAAGGGUGUCGGACCAAAGAAGUUUUCCUACGGUGAGUUGGCUCAUUCAACAAAUAACUUUGCAGAAGAAGAAAAGCUUGGAGAGGGAGGAUUUGGUGGAGUCUAUAGAGGUUUCUUGAGGGAAUUGGACUCUUAUGUAGCUGUGAAGAGGGUGUCAAGAGGUUCUAAGCAAGGGCUUAAAGAGUAUGCAUCAGAAGUUAAGAUCAUUAGCAGAUUGAGGCAUAAGAAUCUGGUGCAGCUCAUUGGUUGGUGCCAUGAAAAAAAUGAGCUGCUACUCAUUUACGAGUUCAUGCCAAAUGGGAGCUUAGAUUCCCAUCUUUUUAAAGGAAAAAGCUUAUUGACAUGGGCAAUAAGGUACAAAAUUGUGCACGACUUGGCAUCUGCUUUGCUCUAUCUUCACGAAGAGUGGGAACAAUGCGUGCUGCAUAGGGAUAUUAAAUCAAGCAAUAUUAUGUUGGACUCAAAUUUCAAUGCCAAAGUUGGGGAUUUUGGGCUAGCUAGGCUUGUUGACCAUGAAAAAGGAUCUCAAACAACACUUUUGGCAGGGACAUUGGGCUACAUGGCCCCUGAAUGUGUCAUCACGGGCAAGUCUAGCAAGGAAUCAGAUCUGUACAGCUUUGGAAUCGUUGCAUUGGAAAUAGCAUGUGGAAGAAAAUCCAUUGAUGCAAGGGCACCAAAAACUCAAUCAAGACUGGUGGAGUGGGUUUGGGACCUCUAUGGAACAGGAAAGCUUCUUGAAGCGGCAGACCCCAAAUUAUGUGCAGAUUUUGAUGAGCAAGAGAUCAAAUGUUUGAUGAUUAUUGGGCUUUGGUGUGCUCAUCCGGAUUACAAUCUGAGACCUUCAAUAAGACAAGCAAUUCAUGUGCUUAAUUUUGAAGCUCCACUUCCCAAUCUCCCAUCAAAGAUGCCUGUACCAACAUAUUUUGCUCCUAAUUCAAUGACUACACCUGCAUCUUCACUUUACUUAUCCUGCAAUAUCAAUGACUCAGAGAGUAGCCAAAUCCAUUAUUCAAGCCAUAGUUAUAACACCAAUUCCUCAAAUUUGACCAUAGCUUCUCCAGCUUCCUCUCCAUCUAAAUCACUUCUGCUUACACAGUAAGUUGAUCUAAAGAAUAUCAAGUUCAAGAUUGUCAUGUAAUUGAGGUGUAUGAAAUCCCUUCAUUAGUUUUUCUCUCUUUUUCUUUCCUUGUGUAAUUGAGGUGUAUUAAGCCCCUUCGUUAGUUUUUCACUCUUGUUCUUUCAUUUCUUGAGCAAUGCUAAAUGUUACUUCAGCUUUCAUGC